UUUCUUUAUUGUUGUGGUGUACUGGAGACGACACCGCACUGUGUCGCAUCUCGUAGCAACUUUUGUAUCACACCUAACAGUCUUGUGUUUGAGGACAUCAGUCAGAUUAUGAAGAUAUGCCUGACGUCUUUUGAAAGAUAUUACCUAUUUAAUAAUUUGUAAAAUGGGUAAAAAGGAUAAAGGAGAUCGGGAAAAGAAGUCCAAAAAACGUUUCCAUGAGGAGGAAGACGAUGAAGAGGAGGUAGUGGGCAAUGAGUCUCAGGAAGGCAUACCUGCUGCUGCAGGGAAACAAGUGGAUGAGUCCAGUAUAAAACUGGAUGAGUAUGGAGCCAAAGACUACCGUGCUCAGAUGCUGCUGAAGAAUGAUCACUCUUCACGCCCCCUAUGGGUGGCUCCAGAUGGACACAUCUUUUUGGAAGCCUUCUCACCAGUGUAUAAGUACGCCCAGGAUUUCUUGGUGGCCAUUGCAGAACCAGUGUGCAGGCCUAACCAUAUCCACGAGUACAAGCUGACGGCCUAUUCCCUGUAUGCGGCUGUCAGUGUGGGCCUGCAGACUUCUGAUAUUGUGGAGUACCUGCAGAAGCUCAGCAAGACAUCUGUACCUGAUGGGAUUGUACAGUUCAUUAAGCUCUGCACAAUGAGCUAUGGCAAAGUCAAGAUGGUUCUCAAGCACAAUAGGUAUUUUGUUGAGAGUGCCUUCCCUGAUGUGAUCCAGCGCCUUCUGCAGGACAGCGUUAUCCGUGAAUGUCGUCUCCGUACCGCAGAUGGAGCGGACACUGAGCUUAUUACUGAAGUCAUCCACAGCAAGUCAGCGAUUUCCAAGUCAAUUGAGGAAAAGGGAGGUACUUCCACCUCACAGCUGCCUGGCGAUGGACAAACGUCAACCCAGCAAGUCCCUGAGGACAUCUUCAGUUACUAUGAGCAGAUGGAUAAAGAAGAGGAGGAGGAAGAAGAGACUCAGACUGUGUCCUUUGAGAUUCGCCAGGAGAUGAUCGAAGAGCUGCAGAAGCGUUGUAUUCAGCUGGAGUACCCCCUCCUAGCAGAGUAUGACUUUCGCAAUGAUACAGUCAACCCAGACAUCAACAUAGACCUGAAGCCCACUGCUGUGUUGCGGCCCUACCAGGAAAAGAGUCUGCGCAAGAUGUUUGGGAACGGUCGUGCUCGUUCUGGGGUCAUCGUGCUGCCCUGCGGAGCGGGCAAAUCUCUGGUGGGCGUGACAGCAGCGUGCACGGUACGUAAACGCUGCCUGGUGUUGGGUAACUCCUCAGUGUCAGUGGAGCAGUGGAAGUCUCAGUUCAAGAUGUGGUCCACUAUCGAUGACUCUCAGAUCUGCCGUUUCACCUCCGACGCCAAGGAUAAGCCGAUUGGCUGCUCAGUGGCCAUCAGCACCUACUCUAUGCUGGGUCACACCACCAAGCGCUCCUGGGAGGCUGAGAGGGUCAUGGAGUGGAUGCGGAGCCAGGAGUGGGGACUCAUUAUCCUGGAUGAGGUGCACACUAUCCCUGCCAAGAUGUUUCGUCGUGUUCUAACCAUUGUCCAGGCACACUGCAAACUGGGCCUCACUGCUACGCUGGUCAGGGAAGACGACAAGAUUGUGGACCUGAACUUCCUAAUUGGGCCUAAACUAUUCGAGGCCAACUGGAUGGAACUGCAGAACAAUGGCUACAUUGCCAAAGUCCAGUGUGCAGAGGUGUGGUGCCCAAUGUCUCCAGAGUUUUACAGAGAGUAUGUGGCCAUUAAGACGAAGAAACGCAUCCUGCUUUAUACAAUGAACCCCAAUAAGUUCCGUGCUUGCCAGUUUCUCAUUCACUUCCACGAGCGGCGCAAUGACAAGAUUAUUGUAUUUGCUGACAACGUGUUUGCCUUGAAGGAAUACGCCAUUCGCCUCAACAAGCCUUACAUCUAUGGUCCAACCUCUCAGGGGGAACGUAUGCAGAUUUUACAGAACUUCAAACAUAACCCCAAGAUCAACACCAUUUUCAUCUCCAAGGUUGGAGACACGUCAUUUGACCUGCCAGAAGCUAAUGUUCUGAUCCAGAUCUCCUCUCAUGGUGGAUCACGCAGACAGGAGGCCCAGAGGCUUGGCAGAGUCCUACGAGCCAAGAAAGGAAUGGUAGCAGAGGAGUACAACGCAUACUUCUAUUCACUGGUGUCCCAGGACACCCAGGAGAUGGCUUACUCCACCAAGAGACAGAGGUUCCUGGUGGACCAGGGAUACAGCUUUAAGGUGAUCACAAAGUUGGCAGGUAUGGAGGAAGAGGACUUGAUGUUCUCCUCCAGAGAUGACCAACACCAGCUGCUUCAGAAGGUCCUAGCUGCUUCAGACCUGGAUGCUGAGGAGGAAGUGGUGGCUGGGGAGGUGGGCGGGCGACCACAGUUCUCAAGGCGAACAGGCACCAUGAGCUCCAUGUCAGGUGCAGAUGACACGGUCUACAUGGAAUAUCAGCGAAGCAGCAAAGCCUCAGCAGCAAGCAAGGGCGUCCAUCCAUUGUUCAAGCGCUUCAGAAAGUAGAUGACUCAAACCCUGACACCUGAAGACCUUCUCAUUUGCAAUAGGGCGAGAUUGGGGCACAGUAAUGUAUAGUGAGGUUAAGCACCAAGCUAUGAGAAGCAGGUUCAGAUGGUCCAGCUGGUCUGGAGAACAGAGCAAUAACUGGAGAUAUCCUAAAACUAUUUAGUAUUAUGAUGAUAUACUGGACAUUACUUCCACAUAGUAGCUGAUGGUGAUGAUGGUUGAAAUGCGGCGAAUGAUGCCUACAGGGCUUGGCUGCUUUGUGAUAAAUUUGAAAGUUUCAGCUCCAGCCCCCUUAGGCACCUACAUGCACAACAUUUGCAGAUGAAAUGGACCAAAAACUCCGUUCAAGCCUUUGUUGGCUCUCAUUAGGAAAACAAAACACACUUGAUCGGUCAUUUUUUUAAAUUUCUUUGUUGACUGGCCAACUGUUGUGAAACAAAAUAAGACAAUUUGUAAAAUUUAAGUUCUAAAUUCACUUGAAGGCUUUAAAUAUUUUCAGUACAUUUCAGCCACAAAAGUCUGUAUCUAGGAUGAGCUGAUGGGCUCUGAAGUAUGAUGGAUGUGUGAUAUUAGCCUUAGUAUAUAAAGAUGAGCUCUCAGUCAUUUGGCAGUGGGUAGAAUAACUUGUCUUAUAUACUAUUGGUGGUUCCUUCACUGACAACUGUGGAGGAGAACUAACAAUGAAUGUUGGACUUUUGUCUGUACAGCUUUUCGUAAAUUUAGUUUUUUGCAAGCUACAAGGAGAAAACUUGUUUACAUCAGUAAUUGCCAAAGGGUCCUAAGAAAUUAAUUAUGAUUAAAAUUUGGCAAAAUGGAACACGACAUUGAGUUUAAUUGAAAAUCAAUAAGUAAAACUAUAGAAAACACAUAAUUGUUGUUCCUGCGAGCAAUUAAUAGUGACAAUGGUCACUAAAAGCAAAAGAGUGAAGAAAGUGUAGCUGCAAGUUUCUUUCCCCUUUAAGACUGAAAGGAGGGGGUGAAAUGAGCUUUACUUGGACUUGGCAUGAUUAAAAACCGGGGCUAGAGAGGGGUGAGGGGUUGGGGAUCUACUUCCUCCACUUGUUGGUGACUUGCUUGUUGUGCAAGCUGUCAAGGUGGCGAGUGUGGGAAAACAGGUGGCUCUGCCCACCCUUCAUUAGAGCAUAACUCCCUCUGAAUGGCCACGUCUGUGGCCCGGUUGGUUUAAUCCUUUUUUUGUGUCCUCUGGAGACUUCAGGCUUAGUAUCUUGGAAUGCGUGAAACGUAGUGAGGUAGAUUGGAUUUCACGUGUUGAAAUGAGUGAGAGAGAAGAUGGACAAUACAGUUACAGCACAAAGUACAACUAUCACAAUGACAAAUGGUACACAGAUGACACCAUGAUGUGUCUGAUUCAUAUCCUUAUAAUUGAUGCAGGGUUUGUUCUGUUAACUGUAAUUGUCUUCUGUAAAAGAAGCCAAAAAUGGCUGUUUUAGCUUGAUGUUUUAAUUUCUCAGAAACUGGCCAUAGAAAUGUAAUUCCAAAUUUGAUUGUAUAGACUUUUAACCACAUAAUGCAUGCAUAUUUUUUGUUUGUUGCCUGAUAGAAGAACCUUUUUUUUCUUUGACCACACUAUUUUAUGACCGCUAGAUCGCUUGUGGUUUGGUAAUAACCCAGCAUUAAUCUUAAGAUAAGAUAGGAUGUACCUAAAUUUGUCAACUUUAUUGAUUCAAGUUUGGCUGGCUGUUUUAAAGUUGAAUUCCACAACAGUGACAAUGCCAAUGCUUAGGGCAAACUCUAUCAUUUGCGUGCGUUAACUGUGGUGGCUGUGUUGAAGAGGAAGGGGCAGGGGCUCCUCUGCAAGAUUUUGUUUCCAGUUGGCAGUAAAUGACUUGCAAAAAAUGCACUUAUGUCAGAUGCCCAAAGUGCAAGUGCUUGAGUACCUCCUGCUGUAUCUGUGCACAUGCUGUGGAUUAAAACCUUAAGAGCAUGCAUAAGCAGGGACAAAGUACAUGCACUUAAUAAGCACAUGGAUAGAGUCCAUCUUACCUCAGGUACACUCUGAAUGUCCCAAGUUUUUUUCUUGGAUAUACAUUUGUGAGUGUGUUGUGCUAGGAAUACACACAUUAAACAUACAUGCAAUUAGGGCAUUUAGACAGGUUUAUCAACUUUACAGAGUCAGUCAGAAAUCAUUUGAUAAAGGAGUCUUGGGCGGAUCUACCGCCACCUGAAAACACUCAUGCAGGUUUUGCUUUGGAGGAUAGAGAACCGAUCUCACUGAUAACUAUUAACAGCCAUGUUUCUGUGUAUCAGUGCACAUGCCUGGAUUAGUAAAUGGAUGAUGUGCACGUGCGGAUAAACACAUGAAUAAAGUCCUUUUCACGUCA